CUUUGUGCGUCUUUUGAUGGAUGCAGGCAGAGCAGGGAGUGUGUAUCAGGUGUAAUGUGUACAUAAAUUUGUUGAAUCUUAUAAACAGUGAACUAUAUUGAAUUAUCGCUAAAUAGUUUUUAAAAAAAUUGCCGGAAUUUUAGUAACAUUUGCCAUAGUUUCUAUAAUAAACUAAAAUCACGAUGAAAGACUCAGAGGAUCUAGAACUUCAAGUCAACGCCGAGGAAAUGUGUCGCACUUGUUUGGGUCAAUUUCCGGCUGGCCAGCUGAAGCCGAUAUUCUGCAACGAAAUUUUGGACGGCAAAAUUGUUCCCUUCCCCAAGGCUCUGGAGUCAGUCGUGGGUGUGAAGCCAGCGAAAAAUGAAAUCUUCCCGAAAAACAUUUGCACCGAUUGUAAAAGUAGAACAAAAGAGCUGUAUUCGUUCAAAGAGAAAGCAUGUAAAUCAUUCGAUCUACUGUACGAAAUAUUCGGAAUUGAAAAACCUUCGCUGCCCAUCCCGUCCCAAGCAAUGAAGAAGGAAGUCAAUGUAACAGGCACUCAAACAAAGGAGAUGGUUGUCCAAAUAGGCGAUCUGGAAUCUUACAAUCGGUUUCUGACGAUUGAAAAACCAUCAGAACCGACUAAAAAUGAUUCAGCUUGCCAGGUUGCCCCCGAAACCGGAGAAUCGAUUUGUCAAACGGAACCAACCGAGUCGAAGCCGAAAAGGGAUGUUUCCACCCAAGUGGAUCCUCCUUUGGACCCGGUUGAGAUUUCUGAGAACAUCGAAGUUGAAGCGGACGUAUCAAUUCGGGCGGAUGAGUCAUUCUAUGUCGAAGAGACCGAAUUGGAUCCCGACGAAAGCUAUACCAGUGUGGACGUGAUUGAUGACAUUGAAGAUGUAGAGGAGGAUGUCGAUAAUACGGAGCUGAUAGUUGACGAUAGUAACAUGCCAGAGCUUCUGGCGCAGGAUGAGUUUGAUUUCGAUGCAGUCAACAAAGCGAAUCCCAAGGAAAAUGAUGAUGAAAAUGAUGCAACCGAUGCUAUUCAAUUUUUAACUUAUGAAGUCGUUCAACAAGAUGAUCAUGAAAUGGUCACCAAAACCGUCAAAAAUCUCUCCAAACCCGAAUCCAAGGAAAAGUUUGAAAAUGAAUGCACUUACUGCAACUUUGUGACAAACAACAAAACCGCUUUCAGUAACCAUUAUGCCAUCCACCAGCAAACCAUUGAGUACAUCUUCGAAAGAGUGGACUACUAUCGAUGCAUGAAUUGCAAAUCAGUGUACCUAACUACGAUAGGGCUGGAAAAGCACUUCACUGAUGAGCCGUGCGCUCCGAUAGAGCUGGACAAUUUGGAAGAGUCACGCGAUGCGAUCAAACAUGAACAGUUCUACAGUCACGGCAUUAGCAUUUGCCUACCGAGAAUAAAAACAUUUCACAUGAACGAAAGCUUGCAAAUUGUUUGCAGUUUGUGCAGUUCAGUAUUUAUGUCCCUCUCCGAUGCUUUGAAUCAUUAUUCUCUCGCACAUGAUCACGAGGAGCCCGAUACCGAAGACCUUGCUGCUUUUUGGGACAACUGCGGAUACAACAUGGUUCAUCAAUGCGGAAUAUGUAACGAACAGUUCGCAGACGCAAGUUUCAUCAGGCAACAUAUCUACUUCCACAAGACGAAACACGAUUGCCCUUAUAAUUGCUUAGAAACAUAUCGGGAUUUCUUAAAAUUGACACACCAUUUGAGCCGAAGCCAUUUGAAGAACGCAUGCAGUUUAUCCACAGAGGCAAGAGGUAUUCUGCAGCCUGCAUUUGUUUGUCAAAUUUGCUCCAAAAGAUUCACCUCGGAAUCAACGUAUAAGUUGCAUACAAAGAAUCACUUCGCUGACCGUCGCUACACGUGCACCAUGUGCCCGAAAGCGUUCCUGCAAAAAUGUGAUCUCACUAUACACAUAAGAUCGCACACAGAUGAACGGCCCUUUGCGUGCACCUUUGCGGAUUGCGACAAAAAGUUCCGAACUUCAAGCCACCGCCGGGACCACAUGUCCACGCACGUCGAGGAGAAAAAGUACAAAUGCGAUAUCUGUCUCAAGCACUUCAAGGCGGAGAGAAUUCUCCAGGGUCACAUGAAGCUUCACUCUGGAUUCAAACCAUUCGAAUGUGAGGAAUGUGGGAAAACAUUCAGUCGAAAGCAUCAUGUGAAGCUUCACAUGAAAACGCAUGGAAAGAAUUGAAAAUUGAAUUAAUAUUAGCAAAUCAGUUAUCAAUUACGAUGUCUAAGCCAAGUUAUGUUUGCAUUCGUACAUCAUGAGGUUAACGAUACUUUCAGGAAAGUCGUAAAAGUUUCUAAGAGCGGGACCGAGAAUCAAACCACCCAGCCACCUUCAACAUGGUCUUACUUGGU